UAAAUGCCAUGUUUAUUGUACGGAUCCCCACUGACCAAACGUGUGCCGGUCUUGGCUGUUGGAUCUUCUUUAUCAAUUUGUGUGGAACUUUCUGCCAGUUGGUUGCAGUCGUAUGCAUUCGUGAGUGGUUUAAUUCGUUAUACACAAUAAAAAUUUCAUAAAAUGUCGAACGAGAUCAAAUGUCCUUAUUUUGAUAUGAGGAUUUGGCUGAGGAGUUGUGAAAAAGAGAUAUGUAAGCCUAUGGAAGGACGCAUCACAGGUGAUAUACCGACGUGGAUCUACGGAAGCCUUAUCCGUAAUGGCCCUGGCCUGAUGAAGAUAGGAGAUGACGAGUACAAACAUAUCUUCGAUGGAUCUGCACUAUUGCACCGGUUUGCUGUCUACAAUGGUACAGUUACGUACCAGUGCAAAUUUCUGUGUUCCAGAACUUUAGAGAAGAAUCGCGCAGCAAAUCGAAUAGUUGUUCCUGAAUUCGCGACGAAGUCAGUGCCCGACCCUUGCCGUACUAUAUUUGAUAGAUUCGCAUCAAUAUUCAAUCCGGGUGAACACAUGACUGAUAAUGCUGUUAUAUCUGUUUACCCGUUUGGAGAUGAAGUUUAUGCGUUGACAGAAGUUCCAAUUAUGUUCAGGAUCGAUCCAGUAACUUUAGACACAUUGGAGCGAAAAAAUUUAAUGGGAUCUGUCGUUAUGAGCCACACAGCGCACCCACACGUCAUGCCCAAUGGGGAUGUGUACAAUAUAGGCGCGCACUCUGUUAAAGGAAGAUUGAAACUACUUAUUGUAAGGUUUCCCUACAAGGAAAAAGGUGACAUGUUCAAAUCCGCUGAGGUUGUGGCCACAGUAACACCCAGAUGGUUUUUCCAUCCUACUUAUAUGCAUUCCUUUGGUAUAUCAGAAAAUUAUUUCAUUUUGAUUGAGCAGCCAAUGUCGCUAUCAAUAUCGAAGUACAUCAUGUGCCAAAUGAAAGAUGAAGGGGCAGCGUCUGCGCUUAACUGGUACCCGGAGUAUGAGACUCAUAUAGUCUUAGUCAAUCGUAAUAACGGAAGAGUCAAACGCUACAGAACAGAAACAGUUUUCUUCCUCCACACAAUCAACUGUUUUGAAGAGAACGGUAAUGUUGUUGUGGAUCUCUGCACCUACAACAACGCCAAAAUACUUGACGUGAUGUACGUUGAUGCUAUUAAGAAAAACUACAGCGAUAUAGACUACAUGAAGUGGUGUUCGACCCGACCGAAGCGGUAUGUGAUACCAACAGAAGAACCCGACAUGACCCUACUGACGCCGAUGUUGAUCGUCGACGUGCCCUGUGAGAUGCCGCGGAUAAACUAUGAAAUGUGCAAUGGUCGCCCAUACCGAUACUUUUAUGGUCUAAGAGCUGACGUGGAUAACAUUAAUUCUGGCGGGCUUCUGAAAGUUGACACAAUUACUGGUGAUAUAAAAACAUGGCGCGCCCCGAACAGCUAUCCAAGUGAGCCAGUAUUCGUCGCCAGACCUGGAGCUAUUGAAGAAGACGACGGUGUUAUACUGAGUGCCGUUCUCUGGGGUGAUAAAGAGAACACUGUGGAUCUUCUUGUGCUGGACGCGCGAACAUUCACUGAAAUAGGAAGAGCUACGUUUGAAACUCCGUCUCCUGCACCUAAAUGCUUUCACGGAUGGUUUCUUUCGAAUAAUCCCACUUUUACUAAAUAAAAAUCAGAUAUUUGGACAGCUGAUGAAUUUGAUAUAUUAUAUAUAAUUUGGUCAUAAUUUUAAUGAUAAUCUUUUUUGAGGACUAGGAGCUGUUCAGAUGGUCAUUUGGUAAGACCACAUUUUAUUUUGAACUUGUCUUGAACAUAUCUAUGGAGCUAUAGUUGUAUUAUACAUAGUAGAAAAAUGUACUUUUCUUCAAAUUUAUUCCGUUCGAAAACAUUUUGCUGAUAAUUUAAGCACUUUUGCGGAAACAAGAUAUGGCGCGCGGAGAAAGAAGAAACGGUAUAAGAAACUUUCCCAAAAUUCUUUUACUUCAUCUAGUCCUAGCCUGUCAGAAGGUAGUAUAGUUUUUAAUAAAUUUUCUUUAAAUUUACAAACAGAAUGGCCAAAGAUAAAUUAAGUUAGUAAUAAUAGACUUUACAAUUAAAAAAUCAGUGAAUUUUAUUAUCUUUAUUCUUUUAAUAAUAAUAUAUGUAAUAUUAUAUAAUAAUAUAAUGAUAUGAAUGUACAUAUCUUUAAAGAAACAAAGACAUGCAGAGCAACAAAAACAAAUUAAAUUGCAAAAAAAAAUGCAAAUUAGUUAUAUAUUAUGAUUUGAGGCAGUUAGUUAGUGAAGGUAACUAUGCAAUAACAAUAAUACAAUAACAAUAUUAACGGGUUUUUUGAGAUUCAUGUUAUAUAUUUAACAUUUUUAACCAAAAUCUUCAAGAUAAGCCCAGAAUUAAAAAAAAAACAUUGCGUGCGUACAAAGUACAUGUACAGAGUACAUGUCAGAAGUGAAACCUGCAUGGUGCAUGAACCUCUAAACUGCAUAUUAAUUCCUGGUACGUGUUGCUAGGAUGACACAUGAUUUCAACCGCUAUGAAAGACGUUCCUACCACUACUAAUAAAUAUAUAAUAAUAUGUUCUCCUGGUGUCUAUGUAGUAAUACGUCGUGCGCUUGGAGUCAGAAUAUAUUAAGGUAUACUCGCGCCAUACUUAAGACAAUCUCUUCUUUAACUAUGAUCGCCUGGUACCAAAACAUUGUAUUAUGCUUCCUAUCUCAUUAUCAUUAUCCAUAUUAAAUAUUAUGAAUUGAUGUGACUGCUCUUUUUACUGUCGCUUUUUCGCUUCAUCGACUUUCAAAUCACAGCGAUGAUAAAGAAGUUUUCACUUCAAUAGUAUGCAUAUUUCUGUCUCAUUCUUUGCCGGCUUCAUCCUACACAUUUUUGUAUUUGUGUCUCUUACCUGUCGUUUUUUCCGUUGCAUCCGGUUUGAAAUAACAACGAUUCUAAAGAAGUUUCACUUCAAAAAGUCUAUAAAACAAUAUUUGUUAAGAGUUUGUAAAUAUACAGUAAGUUUUCCGUACUAACAUCGAAACACCGAAACACGAACACGAAAAUAACAGAGUGAUAAAAAAUUAACAGUUCCAAAGUCCUGCCUAAAGUUAGAGACACAAUACUAAUUAAUGAAAGUGUACCAAUUUAGGAACCCUUACGACAGCGGGAGUGAGAAGUAUGCGGUUAGGAACAAGCGACUUAGGAAUAAAAAUUGCAAAUUUCCAAUUAAAAAAAGUUCAGAAUACUUAACUUUUUUUGUUUCUGAUAAAUGUGUUCAGUAAUGGUAAUCGAUAAACUAGUUAUUUUGGUUAUUUUAAUAUAAAAAUAUAAUAAUCUCUAUUUUAGCUUCCCUACUAGUCAAGUUUGAUACUUGAGGCAUCGUUUUAAAGCUUUUCUGUUUGUAUUAUAGUAUUUAUUAAUUGGCUAUAGUUGACAGUUACACCAUUAUGAUCACGUGGCAUAACGUUAAUACUAAGUAGUUCCCAUACAUUGCCUCAGUUGUCUAAAGUGCCAAAGAACAAAGAUUGGUAUAGAUCAGGGGUGCUCAAACGGUCGAUCGGGAUCGACAGGUCGGUCGCGUGUGCUUUUUGAGUCGAUCUCGAGAAAAAAAUCCGGUAUGAUAAACUAAAAUCGGUAAUUACGUACCAUCUUAUGAAAAGUAUGCUCAGGACAUGCUGCAUGCUUCACCGUCCAAAGUAACUCUUUAGUUAAGCUUAGAACUUUAGAACGCGUUUGUUUUGUAAGAACCAAUAAACUCGCAAUUUUGAAUAAUAAUUAUGAGUUUUUUCAUUGACAUUUAAGAGCAGACCUACACUUACCUUGACUAAAAAAAGUCAUAUUUUGCGCAAAACUAAUAUCUAUGUCAUCGUGACACUCUACCUAGAAUACAAUCCUUCAUCACACAUACUUGAAGACUCUCAGAGACGAUCGAUCGUAGUCUACAAAUUUUGAGGUAGAUCGCUAGCAGUUCAAGCUAGAGGACCCCUGGUAUAGAUAGUUAACAUAGCUACGAUAGCUGGGGUAUUUACGUCGUAUAUUGUUCUACGUGACGAGCCUAUGCUAGGUCUUCAUCGUCCGACUUCAUAUCGAUUCUUUCGAUUUGGUCAUCUUUGGUAGUGUAUAUGUUUUUUUUUCUUUCCUUUAGGGAAUAUAAUAAUAUUGUUAUUAUAAUGUUAACCCACUUGCAUUACCAUCUAGCCUUAACUUAUACUAAUAAGUAAUUCUACUUAAACUUAAUCUGCUAGAUAGAUUAAACUAAGAAUGUGUCCAUUAACACAUUUCUUAAUGUCUCUAUUAAGGGGAAGUCACUUUGUUCAUGUGUAUUUUAUAAUAUCACUAUUUUUCUAUUGUGUUACACUAAUUCACUUAUACUACACUUACUCAGAAGGUUUUGUUCGUUUUAGUCUUCUUAAUAUAUCAGUGUUGUCAAGCAGCUGGAUUUUCUAGAAAUUCUCGUGAUGGUGAAGUCUAUGUUGAUGACCAAAGCGUCUUUUUGGAUAACUUUGUCAACGAACUUAAUGUUAAGGUCCCGAUUUAGUUUUCUGUUUCGAAUAUACCAAUAUAUUUUUAUGACCACACUAAAUAGCUUGCAAAAGCCCCGGAUUCAUUGCGCACCAAGGUUAUUAUAAUAAUAAUCCACCUUGACGUAUCAAACACGAUGCGAAUAAAAGCCGUUCGUAUACUAAAAGGUUGGCUAUUUAAUUUUUUUAAAGAUUGUGAAAUUUUCAUAAAAAUAUACCCAAAUUUAUGCCUCAUCAUAGUUAUUUCCCGCGUUAAAUAUGUCUAUGGGUUUAAAAACAAAUUGGAAUGUUCCACAAAAAAAAAAAAAAAUUUUUUUAAUGAAAUAAUCUUGUUAAAUAUGUGUUUUUUUACAAAACAUUCGGUGUAGCCGAUUAAAUGUUAUCUUGGAUUUAAAUCAUAUAUCUGCCUUUGAAGCCUGUGUGAUAACGACGUUAUACAUAUCACAGAUAUUUCAUUUUAUUUUUAAGUUCUAUGUUACAGUUUUAUUUUAAUUUUUCCACUAAUCAUUCAAUAAAAUUAUCUCUUUUUAUUAUAAUUUUAUUAGCGGGAGAUCUGUUUUUACUCGUACACAUACUUGUUAAUUAUAAGAAUAUAUUAUUAUUUGGAAAUAAAACCAUGGUGUCUAUUACCAAUGAUAAUAAUAAUUAUUGGUAAGUAAUAAGUAUAAAGUAAUUGUGAAAUAUAAUGUUUAAGCAUAUAAUAGAACAAUAAAUUAUGAAAACAUA